GAUCGGUCUUGCCUGUGGUGUGGGAAAGUGAUGAAUGGGGGCUGUUCUGCCAGGGGAGGAGGGCUGCUGUCACUCUGGCAUGCCUACAGCCUUAUUUAUUACACACCAAACUAUAAAACCAAACUGAGAGCCGCUUCAGCUCUCAGCUCCAGUCCUGGCAUCCACCCGAGGAGACCACGCUCCUGGAAGGAGCCUCAGGGAGGCUCUGAGGCUCUGUUGAGAAUCAUGCUUUGGAGGCAGCUCAUCUAUUGGCAACUUCUGGCUUUGUUUUUCCUCCCUUUUUGCCUGUGUCAAGAUGAAUACAUGGAGGUGAGCGGAAGAGCUAAUAAAGUGGUGGCGAGAAUAGUGCAAAGCCACCAGCAGACUGGCCGUAGCGGCUCCAGGAGGGAGAAAGUGAGAGAGCGGAGCCAUCCUAAAACUGGGACUGUGGAUAAUAACACUUCUACAGACCUAAAAUCCCUGAGACCAGAUGAGCUACCGCACCCCGAGGUAGAUGACCUAGCCCAGAUCACCCCAUUCUGGGGCCAGUCUCCACAAACUGGAGGAAUGGCCCCAGACUGCAGUAAGUGUUGUCAUGGAGACUACAGCUUUCGAGGCUACCAAGGGCCCCCUGGGCCACCGGGCCCUCCUGGCAUUCCAGGAAACCAUGGAAACAAUGGCAACAACGGAGCCACUGGUCAUGAAGGAGCCAAAGGUGAGAAGGGCGACAAAGGUGACCUGGGGCCUCGAGGGGAGCGGGGGCAGCAUGGCCCCAAAGGAGAGAAGGGAUACCCGGGGAUUCCACCGGAACUUCAGAUUGCGUUCAUGGCUUCUCUGGCAACUCACUUCAGCAAUCAGAACAGUGGGAUCAUCUUCAGCAGUGUUGAGACCAACAUUGGAAACUUCUUUGAUGUCAUGACUGGUAGAUUUGGGGCCCCAGUAUCAGGUGUGUAUUUCUUCACCUUCAGCAUGAUGAAGCAUGAGGAUGUUGAGGAAGUGUAUGUAUACCUUAUGCACAACGGCAAUACAGUCUUCAGCAUGUACAGCUAUGAAACGAAGGGCAAAUCAGAUACAUCCAGCAACCAUGCUGUGCUGAAGCUGGCCAAAGGGGAUGAGGUUUGGCUGCGAAUGGGCAACGGUGCUCUCCAUGGGGACCACCAACGCUUCUCCACCUUUGCAGGAUUCCUGCUGUUUGAAACAAAGUAAAUAUGUGACUAGAAUAGCCCCACUUUGGGGAAGACUUGUAGCUGAGCUGAUAUUGUUAUGGUCUGAGGAACAUUAAAGUUGAGGGUUUUACAGGCUGUAUUCAAAAAAUUAUUGGUUACUAUGCUAUUCAUGCUACAGGUAUACAUCAAUCAUGUUGGACAACUCAGGGGCUCAGAAGAAUCAACCAUUAGUCUCAGAUGACCUUGACUAAUAUACUGAGCAUCUUUAUCAUUAUUUCCUUGGCACCUAAAGGAGAAUUCUCCUCUGACACAGCUUGGAAAUAAUUUUUCCUAUCAGAGAAAUCAUUUGCAAAGAAUUUUGGCUGCUCUGCUUUUAAUUUAAUAUCAGUUUUCAGGAACUCCUGAAGUCUUAAAUUCAUCAUUCUUUAUAACACUUGAGAGAACAGGAUGCAGUGAUAUUGCUGGGGCAAGAACAGGGGUGCACUUGCCAGGACCUAGGUUCCGGAAACAUUCAUAAAGCCUAGACUGGGAAGUAACACUUUCACCCAGUGGAUCAAUAUUCAUGAAUAAAAUAGAGUUUUUAAAAUAAUUUCAGAUAGCUUUUAGAUAGCAAAAGUAUUUACAAUGUAGACAAGUAAUUGGUUCCUCCUUUUUAAUAAAAAUACUUCUGUAAUUAAACCUUGAGUUCUAAUGGCUUGCAUUUUUAGAAAUAGAAUGUUCUCAUGGUCCGAAACUGGGUUUAUAUGAUCUGGCUUAUCAGAUUCACUCUUUGCCAUUUUGUUUCUUGAGUUACAACAGGUCUUUGUCACUGUGGCCUGCAGAACCAGUUAAGGUGAGCUUAGUUCAUAUGGGAUGAAUAUUAUCACAUUCUUUUCUUUUAAUUUGGAAAUCACCCCCAGUAUAUUUCUACUUUAUAUACACUAAGUCAUGUUAAAGGGGAUGUAAACUUAAUUAUAUACAUGCAAACUAAUGAAUAUGAAAUAUAAGAAUAUUCCAUUUAAGAAACACAUGAGAAAAGGGUCUUAGUGUUUUAUUCAAUAAAAAAAAUAUGACUUCCUUGUUUACAAUACUUAACCAAGAUUCACAGAGCAGCUUUUAUGUGCCAGGUAUUGUAGAAGGUGUCACUUGGUUUUUGCCUAUCUGUCUGCACCCUAAAGUCUAUUCUCAAAGGACUAAACUUGCCACCAAAAUGAUAUUAUAAGAAUGUUCCGAAAGUUCUGAAGAGAGUUUCCAAAGAUGAUACUCCAAUUUGGCUUAUUUUAGGCAAAGAAGGCAUCAUAAGAAGAUGUCUUUACCCUCAUUUUGAAUCAUAUUUAAAAUGCACUAGCCAGACGCCUAUCUGAAACAUUUCAUAUAAUGAAUUCCCUUUGAAAUAUCGAGACUUUAAUUUAUUCUCUAUAACAAUCUACAUUUCCACAUAGGCUUUUAAACCAUGGGUUUACUUGCAUUGAUUAUCCCUACAACUAAAGGCAUAGAGAGCUAAUUAGAGCUGCCUUAUUAGCUAAUUCAGUGCCCUCCACGUUCAGCUUAGCCUUUGACCCUUUCCUUUGAUCCACAACUAUGUUGAAACUCCGAAUUCACAUGCAAUGCCAUUUUAAAGUCAGUAGAUUUUAGCUAUAAUGUGCUUGACCAGUAAUGUUUUUGUAAUUUUGUAUAUGUCCCCCCACAUCACCCCCGACUUCAGACAUGGGGUCAGGAGGCUGAGGUUUGCUAUUAACAAAUGUCAUAAAUAUUUCAUAGAGGUAUGUUGCCAAUAGAUAUUCAAAUGUUGUAUGUUGGCCAGAGGGAUUUUAUAUCUGAAGAACAUACAGUAUUAAUAAAUACUUAGAGAAAAAUUUUGACCUGGUUUAGAUAAAACUGUGGCAAGAAAAAUGUAACAAGCAAUAUAUGGAAAUAAAUACACCUUUGUUAUACUUUCUAAACUUGUUUUUAAUAAAGUUUAAUAGUCAUACAAUUGUAAAUCACCAUGGUUAACGCAAAGUGAAAAUAUUUUCAUGCAGAUGAUGUAAACAGCCAUGUGAAUAAGUGACAUGGCACACAGCAGGGUCAUGUGACUCCAGAAAACUUCGCUUUUCAGUUAUUCCAUUAUUAUAAAUCCAACCUUUUAAGACAUUGAUAUUUGGAGGACUCGCUAAUAAAAUCUGAAUAUCUCUGA